AUGAUUAAUGUACACUAUUUCUAUACGCCUAGCUUUUCUAAUGCGAAUGAUAUAAAGCUUGAACGUAAUAGCCAUUUUAGUACAGCUAGAUUAGAGCAUACCAAUCUAGGAUUAGCACUACACCUUAGCUUCCUAUUAGAUUUAUCACUGACUCACCUCACCUCAACUCCCAUAAUAUCAUAUCAAAUUACAUUAUAUUUUCCCCAAUCUCAGCCACUGAGUGCGAGUGUGAUGAUAGCAGAGAAGCUUGAACGGUCAGGCUUUUAUGGUCUUCCGGAGUACGCAAUUCAACUUGGGAUCAAGAUCGUAUUUCUUGACUUGAAUGAGCCAAUCGCUAACCAAGGUCAUUUCGACCUCAUUGUCCACAAAAUAACAGACGUUGUGGGAAAGAUGCAUCGUGGGGAUGAGAUUUCCGCUGCACAGUUUGAUAAUUUCUUGAGAUUUUGUGAAUCUCAUCCUAAAGUGAUCAUAAUGGACACAUGGGAGAAUGUUGAAAAGGUUAUUAAUCGAUCAAAGCUACACUGGCUGCUGGAAAAAUCUAUAGAAUUCAAACCCCCUCAGAACAAAGGACAAUUAUUUAGUGUACCAAAGUCUAUUUCUUUGGAAUCAUUUGAUAUGCGGUCAGAAGCACUAAAUAUGAAAUUUCCUAUCAUUUGUAAAAGGUCCAAGGCUUGUGCGUCUGUAUCAUCUCAUCAAAUGACAAUCAUUCCAACACUAAACGCCAUGAGUAAAGUUACUGGCUAUGGCAAGAAUGAACAGGUUAUUCUACAAGAAUUCAUUCAGCAUGGUGGAAUAUUGAUCAAGGUUUAUGUCCUGGAUAAACAUGUAUAUCCUGCUUUACGACCAUCAUUCAAGGAUUUAAAUCAGAAUUGUGACGUCUUUCAUUUUGAUAGCCAAAUACUUCCAAAGUCAUUCCACAGUUCUAGUAAACUCUUGAAUGGGUUGGAUAAAGUGAUGUCUAUAUCAAACGAAGAUGUAGAAAAACGAAUAUAUGAAACACUGGAUUACGAUAGGCUAGAAAAAAUUGCUGAUGUUCUUCGCCAUCAAAUAGGAUUGACAUUUUUUGGAUUUGACGUUAUUUUGGAGGCAAAGACUAAUAAUCACUAUCUUGUAGAUGUCAAUUACUUUCCAAGUUUUUCCAAUGUGCCAAAAUUCCAUGAGAUAUUUGUAUCUAUUCUUUUACAGAAAUUAAAUAAUCCAUAA